AUGCCUACCUUACAAAUCUUGAUCAUCUUCCUCUUAUGCUUCUUCUUCAUUCCUGACCACAUUGGCACAGUAAGCGCCGGCGCCUGUGCCGAAUCAUCAUGCUCUUCUAGUUAUAUCUCAUCGAUUCCGAUUAAAUUCCCUUUCCAGCUAAAGACCCUAGAGCCCUCACGUUGUGGGUAUGAAGGGUUUGAUGUCUCAUGCAACAAAAGCAACCACAGUCAAACCCUUCUCACUCUCCCAUCUUCCGGGGACUUCAUCGUCCAAGGAAUCUACUACUUGCGUCAAAGACUAGUGAUUGCUGACCCCGCUAACUGCUUGCCUAGGCGGUUCCUAGAACAUGACUUCAGUUUAAUAGGUUCACCCUUCUCAUUCAUCCAUGGCCUCGAAAACUAUACGUUCCUCAACUGCUCCUACCAAGUAGAAACAUCGCAUGAAUCUAUUUCUUGCCUUAGCAAUAAGCUCUACAAGGUCAUUGGUGUGCCGUCGAAAUCGAUUAAUUUUUCUGCUCCUUCUCUUUGUUCUGUGAUUUCCACAGCUUUGGUUCCACUCUCAGGUUCAUUUGAGUCCGAUGGCCGGGACAUGCUUAACUAUUAUUUUGAGUUAGCAUGGGAUGUGCCUGAUUGUCGAUUUUGUGAACAAUCGGGUAACGUUUGUGGGUUCAAGGAUGGUAAAAGCUCGGAGCUCAAGUGCUCAAGUAUUUAUUCUUCAAAAAAAGGUCUCUCAGGAAUUGCAAAGUACGCUUUCAUGGCAUUCACUGGGAUCAUGGCAAUAAUUUUCAUCCUUACUCUUGUACUUCGACUGAGGGAUUCUGACCGGGCACACCAACCCAUGACAGAGCUAUCCACCGUAACAGAUCGACAGCCUCUGGUAAUCAGGAUAGGCCUUGACGAUGCAACCAUCGAGUCAUAUCCCAAGACUCAACUUGGUGAGAGUUGGGAAUUGCCCAAGCCUAAUGACAAUACUUGCCCAAUAUGUUUGAGCACGUACAAGCCGAAAGAAACAUUGAGAACCAUAUCAGAGUGCAACCAUUAUUUUCAUGCUAGUUGUGCAGAUGAGUGGCUUAGGCAUUCUUUGUCUGAAAUUUUGAAGCUGUAA